AGAAUGACUCUUUUGAUUGCUUUCAACCAGACGUCACCAGCUCUUCAGAGCAAUUUGAAAGCAACUUUCACAGUGAAUGUAAAGCAAUCAAUAAAUACAGCUUUUGGAAAGCUUCAUUGAUUGCUUUUGAUGCACUGUCAUGCACUGUUAACUCUCUUGAUAUAAUGUUAUAUAAUUUUUUUGUAUCAAUAAACAAGAAGUAGGCCAUUUAUUUUACCAUGAAUUAGUUUGUCUAUUUAAAGCAGUGCUUCCUGUUGUCCAUAAGAUGGCAACAUACGUUAAGCUGUCCAAUGUGGCUGUGAGGAUGGAUUUCUGAAAAUCAAUAAUUGCUUUCAAGUGAUUUGUGUUAUCCUGUUAUGUUUACUUAUGAGAGUGUGGGUAUUUUCUAGGAGCAGGGUUGCAGCAGAGAGUUACUGGGAUAAUAAUAGGGGCCUUUUCAAUACUGAUUAAAGUUUUGGGGUCCCUGGGCCGAUAUAGUCAUCAGCACUACUGACUUUGUUUGCGAGCAAGAAAGUGCAAAAAACUGUUCUUGAUGUGUGAGGAUGUCGCCUUUUGUAUGAGAAAAUAAAGCCCUAGAACCUCAUUAGCAUGGCUUUUGAAUGAGCACAUAAUUAGAAAUGAGAAAGGGCAUCAAGGCUUUUUCUAUAUUUGUCUGCUAUUUUACAACUCACUGGAACAUUAGCUAAUUGACUUGUGUCCCUCACCACUCAUUGAAAUGGUAUGUCUUAAUAAACCUUUGGCAUGCAGCCACAAAGACAUACCUGUUGUUCAGCAGAGGUCCAGAGAAGUGCCUUGGAGAUGAUCUGCCACAGGAGACUAAUUAAUGGCAGAGACAACAGAGUUAGUGGGUUUCGUGCCGGUGUUUGUGUUUGGCCUGAAUGACGUCCACGCAGGGUUGACGGUGUGGACAACACAGAACAAUAUAAAAGACACUUGUUCAUCCCCUGGGGAGACAAGAUCAGAUGACUCCUCUUAACACAAACCAGAAGAUGAUGUGGUUCCCCACCAACUUCCAGAAAGCUGCUGGGAUAGAGGUGUCUAAUAGGAAAGUCCUGGUGCUGGUCUUGAUGCUGCUGCUGUCUCACCUGACCUGUGAUGCUCACAGCAUGUCUGAGUGCUGCAGGCAACCAUCUCGCUCCUGUCGCCUCUAUGUCUUGCUGUGUCGCCCUGGCAGCAAGGCCUUGGGUGUACCCCUCACAGGAGAUGCCGCCGCCGGCAUUCUCACUCUUGGUAAACGGAAAGAAGAUGAGCAUCGCUUGCACAGCCGACUCUACCAGCUCCUGCAAGGCUCCAGGAACCAGGCAGCAGGGAUCCUGACGAUGGGGAAGAGGACUGAGGAGAGAGGUGGAGAGCAGUACAUGGACUGGAUGGCUCAAUCGGGAUCUACCAUCACAACACCCCUUCCUCUCUGAAGGCAUACUUAUACCUCACAGUAUAAGAAUACUGGGACUCUGUUAAAAUGUAGGUAGAAAAAUUGCACAAAUUUUGUGAGUGGUAUCAUAUAAAAUGUAUAUUUUCUGCUCAUGUGGAAACAUUUUUGUGCCUUUUUUUUUUAAACUGCCUUUUGGAAUGUGAUGUGAUUUGCAUUUGACUGUCAGAGAACUUUAGGGAGAUGUGUAAUGUUGUACAUAUAUGUGUAAUAAAAAAUAAAGCUGA